AUGACCAAAAUUGAUUUGAUUAACCUCCUGGACCACGCAGCCGACACGGUUGCUGCCAGCGGAAUCCUGAUCUACUCUCCUGGAAAUGUCGAGUCACCACACCGAUUAACCUAUGCUGAACUUCGGGAUGCUGCUCAGCAGAAUGCCAGGCGCUUGGGAUGCAUGGAGGGCUUUGCCCCCGGCUCGCUGGUUCUGCUGCAUUUAGACGGCUACCGGGAUAACAUGAUCUGGCUAUGGUCGCUGAUCUAUGCCGGAUGUAUCCCGGUGAUGUCUACGCCAUUUGCACAUCACGAAGAGCAUCGCCGCUCCCACUUGCUGCACCUCCAGUCUCUCCUACGGGACCCCAUCUGCCUGACUCGGCAAGGCCUGGAGGCGCAGUUCCCUCCAGACGUAGGAUUCCGACUUUGCAAUAUUGAGUCAAUCAGCGGAGGAUCCAACCCAUUCACUAGCCCACGAUUGGGACAGCCGCCAGGCCAAGACGACAAUGUCGAUGACAUCGCGCUCUUGAUGCUCACGUCGGGGAGUACGGGUCAUGCAAAAGCCGUUCCGUUGACUCAUUCCCAGCUGUUAAGCGCCCUGGCCGGAAAGGAGCGCUUUCUACAGCUUCGGCAACACGGGCCGAGCUUAAACUGGGUCGCGUUCGACCACAUUGCCAGCCUCGCGGAGAUGCACUUCCACCCGAUUUUUGCCUGCAUCGACCAGGUUCACGUGGCAGCCGCCGACGUUAUUACCGAUCCGCUGAUCCUCCUAGAGCUCAUCCAUCGGCAUCGCGUGGGGAUUACUUUUGCCCCGAACUUCCUCCUUGCCAAGUUGCUGGACAGCCUCGAAAGAGAACCAUCACCCUCCAGUCGCCCCUGGGACCUCAGCUGUCUCAUGCAUCUCCUCUCCGGUGGCGAGGCGAACGUGGUGGACACCUGUGCCCGCCUCGCGCGCCGGUUGACGCAGGACUACGGGGUCCCAUCAACCUGUAUCAAGCCUGCGUUUGGCAUGACGGAAACAUGCGCUGGAUGUUCCUUUAACGACCGGUUCCCCACAUACGAGACGGUCCAUAUGCUGGACUUCGCUUCGCUGGGACGCGGCGUCAAAGGAGUGCAGAUGCGAGUGACCUCACUAUCGACCGGGCAGCCGGUCGACGAUCACUCGGAGGUGGGAAACCUCGAGCUGUCCGGGCCAAGCGUCUUUCGGGGUUACUACAACAAUUCUCAAGCCACCCGGGACAGUUUCACACCAGAUGGGUGGUUCCGAACCGGCGACCUGGCCAUGAUUGAUGCCGGCGGGCAGCUGGUGCUCCGGGGGCGGUCCAAGGAGCUUAUCUGCAUCAACGGGGCGAAAUACCUCCCGCACGAGGUAGAGUCGGCUAUUGAGGACGCCAAGGUGCGCGGUGUAACACCAGGCUUCACCAUCUGUUUUGGGUAUCGGCCAGCUAAAGCGCAAACCGAGUCUCUAGCCGUGGUGUACCUCCCGGCCUACGAAGAGGCGGAUGUCGAGAGCCGAUCCCAAGCCCAGAACGCAAUCAUCCGUGUCGGGCUCAUCAUGACCGGCACACGGCCCUAUGUCCUACCUCUGGACGCUCACACGCUGGUGAAGUCCAGCCUCGGCAAGAUCUCCCGCAACAAGAUCAAGACGGGCCUGGAAAGCGGCGCCUUCCAGGCAUUCGAGGAGACAAACAAUCGAUUGCUCAAGCUCCGCCAGUCCACACCAGUCGUGCCUGCCGGGAAUGAGACGGAGACUCUGCUCCUCGCUGCGGCGUUGCAUGUCUUCCGCGUCACCGCGGACGAGUUCGGCGUCGAAACGCCCAUGUUCGCCUUCGGGAUCACUUCCUUGGACAUGAUCGCGUGGAAGAGACAAGCAGAGACCAUCCUCGGGCACGAGAUCCCCAUGCUGGCCAUCAUAACCAGCCCGACCAUCAGGGUCCUCGCUCGCCAACUGCAGGAUGGGCACCAUGGCCCGGGCGAAUACAACCCCGUCGUGACCCUGCAACCACACGGUUCUAAGACUCCCCUGUGGCUCAUCCACCCCAUCGGUGGCGAAGUGCUCGUGUUCGUCUCCCUGGCCGGGCUCUUCGCGGACGACCGCCCGGUGCACGCACUUCGCGCACGCGGCCUCAACCGGGGCGAACCACCUUUCGGCAGCAUCCAUGAAGCCGCCGACGCCUAUUACCAGGCCAUCAAGCGUGUCCAGCCCCAUGGGCCGUAUGCCGUCGCCGGAUACUCGUACGGCUCGCUGGUCGCUUUCGAGGUCGCCAAGCGCCUCGACCAGCACGGUAAGGACGAAGUCCCGUUCUUUGGGUCCCUAGAUCUACCUCCGUUCCACGCCCAAAUCAUCAGCAAGAGCGACUGGACCGAGAGUCUACUCCACCUAGCGAGCUCCCUCUCCCUCAUUGCCGAGGAGGAGAUCAACACCCUUGGCGCUGACCUCCGAGGCCUACCCCAGCCCAGAGCAAUCCAGAAGAUCCUCGCACGGGCACCCCCGCGGCGCAUCCGCGAGCUGGACCUCAGCCCCGAUGGACUGAUGCGGUGGACGAAACUGACGUCUGCCAUGGCACAGGCCACGCGGGGCUACGUGCCCGUCGGACAGACGCGUAGUGUCGAUGUUUUCUACACCGAGCCGUCGGGGGCGCUGGCGACCACGCGCGACGAGUGGCUGGAUCGACACCGCGAGUGGAGGCAAUUCGGCCGUCUCGAGACGCAGUUCCAUCCGCUGGAGGGCCUUCACUAUCGGUUAAUGGAUGAGGAUAACGUUCAUAAGGUCUACCGAGUUCUGAGCCGGGCGAUGGAUGCUCGGGGUACUCUCUGUCUCUCUCUAUCUCUCUAA